CGCGUGGCGAGUGAUCUAGACGAUUGCUGAUGGGAAACGUCGCCAGUUGGCCUAUUCUUGGAAAAAUAGGAAAUGCUGGUUCAAUCGAAAGCAAGGAGUACCAUCUACCCAAUAAUCCUAAAAUAAAUGUGAAGACGUUCACACAAAGGAAAGCUCGUAAGAAGGCGUUUGUAAGAUGGAUGAUGUGCUUCUUCAUUGGUGGAUUGAUUUCUGUGAUUUAUCGUGGAGUUAGCUACGUGAACGAGAAAGUUGGUGAAGCUCACUACGAAGUGCUAGAGAAUCUCGUCGAAGAAGGCAAUCUUGCUGGAGCAUUCUUUGCUAACACUGCCAUCAUGUUGACACUUGCCCUCACUGCCGUAUCUCUUGUUCUAUGGGAACCGGCAAGUGGAGGGUCCGGCAUUCCGGAAGUUAUUGGAUUUUUGAACGGCGUAUCAGCAGAACGACUUAUGGAUCUGUCCACAUUUAUAGCAAAGUUGCUUGGUGUUAUGUGCGCAGUCUCAUCCGGAUUGUUUGUAGGACCUGAAGGUCCAACUAUUCACAUCGGUGCACUUCUUGGUGCUUUUAUCCUUCGAAGUAUUGUUGUUGUUUGCAAGCGAUUCAACAUUUUCCGAAGUCUCCAGAGAUUAAAGAACGACAAAGAUGAGAGAGACUUUGUUGCUAAUGGAGCUGCUGGAGGUAUCGCUGCUGCUUUUCAUGCCCCAAUUGGAGGUGUCAUCUUUGCUCUUGAAGAGGCAAUUUCAUAUUUUAAUGCAAAGUUGGUUGCCCGAACGUAUUUGACUUGUGCUGCUGCGUAUUACGUUUUGUUUUUUCUGGAGACACACGGAUCCAAGUUUGAUACUAAUCUUUUCACUGAGUUUCAACUUGAUUUGACAUGCAGGAUCACUUACUAUGCACAGGACAUUUUUUGGUUUGCUAUUCUUGGAGCUCUUGGUGGUUUGAUUGGCGGCGUCUUCAACUUUCUUGUGUGUACUGUCACAAAACUGAGGAUUAAGUAUAUUAAUCCACUUGGUUGGAGACGAAUUUUAGAGGUUGUGGCGGUGACAUGUCUAACAUCAAUUUUUGUUGUGUUUGUUCCAUACAACUACCCAUGCACAUCAGCUUCAUCACUAGUUGCACAUGUUUCUGAUACUUUUCCGUAUUUCAAUGGCAGCAGUGACGAGCUGUGUGUCAAUCGCAUCAUUUCUGGGACUAUGCAAAAAUAUCCAGAGGUUUUUAUUUCAUAUGAGAACUACACAGAUGAGGUGCGAGCAACAGCUCAUAAAUUGCUAGGUGAAGAGCUGUUGCUGCGGAGAGCGAGAUGUGAAGAGGGAACGUAUAAUGAAAUUGCUUCCUUGUUUUAUGUGUCGGGUCAUACAGCUGUUGCUAAUCUUUUCAAGCAAGGAACUUACUACUUCCUCAGUGCUGGAACAAUCAUUGCAUUUGGUGUCAUCUACUUUCUUAUGGCUGGCCUAACAGCAGGUACAAGCAUUGCAUCCGGACUUGUCAUCCCAACUCUUACAAUUGGAGGUUGUAUUGGACGUGUGUAUUCUAUUGCUAUCAAUGAAUGGAUUAAACAUCCUACUGGUCAACAUGUUGCUGAUCCUGGAACGUGGGCAAUGAUAGGAGCUGCAGCAUUCUGGAGUGGGACGGGAAGGAUUACUGUAACAAUAGCAGUUAUUAUGUUGGAAAUCACAGGUAAAUUCCGUUUCUUACCUGCGAUCAUGGUCGCUGUUGUUGUGGCCAAGUGGGUUGGUGAUUGGAUGAAUCACAGUCUCUAUCACGCUUUGCUGCAUCUCAAACACAUUCCAUACUUGGGAGAUCCACACAAAUCGAUGACUACAACAGCGGGUGAAGCUAUGGUUAGAGAAGUCGUCACGUUUAGUGAGAAUGAAUCUCGUAAUGAAAUAGAACGUGUUCUUAACGAAACCACACAUCAUGGAUUUCCAGUUCUUCAUCACAACGAGUCUCGAACAUACAUGGUUGGACUGGUAACUCGGUUGCAUAUUGAGCAAGCACUAGAUGAUCAUCCAGCUCAAAACCAGAUCCCGUUGUGUGAUUACAUGGAUUGUACUCCCUACACAGUACCUCCAGGUUAUUUCAUCUAUGAUGCCGUUUAUUUUUUCAAGAAUAUGGGGCUACGCCAUCUUUGUGUUGUGAACAAUCAAUUUGAGCUGCUGGGAAUCUUAACAAGGAAAGAUCUGGAUCAUACAUCUCAUGAACAUGAACAUCAACAUCAUCAUGGAAAAGCCCAUAAGCAUGUAGACCAUGACGAUCAUGAUAUUGAGAGUCAGUCCUCUCGUCACUCAGACAAGAAGAUGGCGCCAUCUCUUGAGGUUCCACUUUUGGAAAACAAGAUGGAGACAGAAGAGACCUGAAUUCUCAUAUUUACUGACCUGCUGCAAUACAAGGCAGUGUACUCCACUGUUUACACAAAUUCAUAUUUUGUAUUCUCUCUCAUUCCGGUUAGUGUACCAUAUCAUUCAUGUUUUUUACUUUGUUGUGGCAUGAACUGACGGAUUUGAAUUAUGUCAGUAAAGGAUUGGUUUUUAUGUAGCAA